AUGUGCUAUGCUAAAAAGCACAAAUAUCCUGAGAAUCGCAGUGCUUUUACUUACUGGGAGGAUAAGGCUCCCUCACGACUGGACUUAGCUGAAGAAAAAUUUGGUGGACCAUUCAAAGAGGAGGAGGUAGAAGAUGUGAAAACAACAUUCAGAAUAGCACCUUUAUUAAUAUGUGUAUUUGGCUAUGCAACAUCAAUGGAAAUAUUUGACAAUUCUGAGUACAUAAAGGAAGAGGAUUCAUUAUGCCUUUUUCAGUUUUAUGUAAUACGCUUUAUAAUAUCAAUCACAUACAUUGUUCUAUACAAGUUUCUACUUCAUUGGAAUUGUAACCAUUUUCUAUCCAGUAUGCUUAAAAGGAUUACAGCUGGACUGGUACUACUAUUUUUAAGCUGUGUCUCAUUUGCUGCCAUUGAAGCAGUUGCUUAUUUGAAAUCAAAUGUCUACAAUGAAACUGAAUUCAUCAAUAAUGAAACAGUAACUGCAGAUAAUGCAUCAGUAAUUCCAAUUUUUAGCUCCUAUUGGACUAUACCUCCAUAUAUUCUUUAUGCUAUUUCAUACAGCUUAGUCUUCGUUACAUCCCUUGAAUUUGUGAUAGCACAAUCUCCAUAUCACAUGAGAGGUCUACUAAUUGGCCUAUG